AUGGAGGUUCAGCCCAAUCCUUCUCUGAUGGAGCAUGCGAUGUCUGAAUCUGAACAAGGUCCUGUGCCGAAUUCAACUUUUGGAGUUGAAAGAUUUCGUGACAAAUUGAUGAAUAAGGUCAAUUUGGAGAAAAACGUGGGAAUUGAUAUCAGUUCUCUUGAUGCUGAUUAUGAUGAUUUAAAUGAUGAUGAAGAUGUUCAAAUUUCUCAUGGAGAACGUGGGCCAAGUAUUCAAUUCUCUGAUCGGGCUAUGGAUCGUUUAUGUAAGCCUUGGAGAAACGCUCUGAUUGUCAGAUUACAACAGAAAUGGAGUUUGAAAGGGGCAUGGAAGUUGGUAGAUUUGGUUAAUGAUUACUAUGUGGUGAAAUUUGAUCUUAAAGAGGAUCUAAACUUUGUUCUAACUGGUGGUCCUUGGAUUAUAGCGGGACAAUACUUGAUUGGUAACUUGCUGGGCAAAUUGUUAAAAAUUGAUUCGUUGACCACUGCACAGAAUUGUGGUAAGUUUGCUAGGUUGUGUGUUGAGUUAGAUUUAACUAAACCUUUGGAGGCUUUUGUACAAAUCAAUCAAAAUUGGAACAACAUUGAGUAUGAAGAGAGUACAGUUGGUGAUGAUGAAUGUUCAAGAGGUCCAUGGAUGAAUGUUCAAUCUCGUAGGCGACAUAAACUUGAUUUUGAAGUUUUUGGUGGUAAGGGUUCUGGUGCAAAGGUUAAGGGCUCAUGUUUUGAUGCGCUCAGGAACAUUAGUGACAAUUUUGGAACAGAUGAGGCGGUUAGUGAUGUGUUUGUUGAGCAGGACAAGUCCAAUUUUAAUAGUUCCUUUCUUCCUGAUAUGGAGCAUGGCAAGAAAGUAUGGACGAAAACCAAGAAUGCUAAGCCCGUUUUUAGAAGUGCUUUGAAUGAUAUUUCCAAUAAGCCUUUUGAGGGGAAAGUCCCUGGUGAUGAGAGUGUCAGGAAGGUGGUGGUCCUUCAAAAGUGUUUGCUGGAACUGUACCUCGUAUUGGAAAGCUGGUUGUUCAGGGAAAUAAGUUUGAUAUUUCUAGCCUUGUAA